GCGGCGGCAGCAGGGCCGGAGGAGGGAAGAAAAAGGGAGGCAGCGCCGGGCAGAGAAGGAGGGCAGCGGACGGAGGCGUCGCCUUUAAAUGCUCUCAGCCGGGCGGCGGCGCGAAGGCAGCGCGCGUGGAGCCUCCGGGCGAGGGGAAGAAAAUAAUAAUAAUAAUAAUAAUAAACAUAAAACAAGAAAGCGCUCCGAUGCGUCCUGGACCAUGAACAGCCCAGCCGGCUCCGCCGCCCUGCGGGAUUCCCUUGCCGCUCCGCCGUCUCUCUGAAGCCCCACUCCGGCUGAUGCUUCCUCCUCCGCCAGCAUGUCCCGGCGAAAGAUCUCCUCAGAAUCCUUCAGCUCGCUCGGUUCGGACUACCUGGAGACCAGCCCGGAGGAGGAAGGCGAGUGCCCCGUGGCCAGGCUUCUCUGGAACGGCAGCCGGAGCCCCGCUGCCCAGUCCGGGGCUACUACUCCGGUGGCUACCGUUCCCCCGCCGCCGGAGGCUGCGGCGGCUGCGGCGGGUCUCCCCGGCCCGGUCCCCGCGGGUUCCCGGAGGGCUCCUCGCAGAAGGCGGGUCAACCUCGACUCCCUGGGCGAGAGCAUCAGCCGCCUCGCCGCCCCCACGCCACAGACCAUAAGGCAGACUCUCCAGAGGACACUCCAACAUUAUGAGCAUCAAGUUAUUGGUUACAGGGAUGCUGAAAAGAAUUUCCAUAAUAUUUCCAACCGAUGCUCCUAUGCAGACCAUUCUGGCAAUGAUGAAACUGAAGAUGUCUCAGGAAUUCUCCAGCGUACAGCAAAUAUUCUUGGUUUAAAGUUUGAGGAGCUACAAGAGAAGUUCGGGGCUGAAUUCUUCAAUAUCUGCUUCAGUGAGAAUGAGAGAGUCCUUCGAGCUGUGGGUGGCACCUUGCAAGAUUUUUUUAAUGGCUUUGAUGCUUUGCUGGAGCACAUAAGGACUUCUUUUGGGAGGCAGGUCACUUCAGAAUCCCCUUCUUUCCUAUGCAAAGAGCUCCCUGGAGGCAACCUUAUGCUUCACUGCUUCCAUCCCCAUCAAAUCGUUGGGUUUGCCAUGAUGGGCAUGGUGAAGGAAGCAGCAAGGAAGAUCUACCAACUGGAUGUCGAAGUGGAACAGAUUGUAAACGAUAAACUAUGUUCUGAGGACCUAAACCCAGGCAACUGCAGCUGUCUCACUUUUAUUAUCAAAGAGCGUGAAAAUGCAAAGAUCACAAAAGCGCUUCCUCUGGGGACAUCUCAAUCCCCCUCAGAUCUGAGGAUAAGCAUUAACACCUUCUGCCGUGCUUUUCCUUUCCAUCUGAUGUUUGAUCCCAGCAUGUUAGUAAUGCAGCUGGGUGAAGGACUAAGGAAGCAGCUGAAGUGCGAGGUUCAUAAGACGUUGAAGUUCCAGGACUGCUUUGAAAUCGUUUCUCCAAAGAUUGCAGCCGUGUUUGAACGUGUCUUGCUGAGACUGUCCACCCCUUUCGUGAUCCGAACCAAACUUGAAGCCUCUGGCUCUGAAAAUAAAGACAAGGUCAUGGAAAUCAAAGGACAAAUGAUCCACGUCCCAGAAUCAAACUGUAUUUUGUUUUUGGGCUCACCCUGUGUGGACAAGCUGGACGAACUGAUGGGUCGAGGCCUCCACCUUUCAGACAUACCAAUUCACGAUGCUACCCGUGAUGUCAUCCUUGUCGGGGAGCAGGCUAAAGCCCAGGAUGGCUUGAAGAAGAGGAUGGACAAGCUUAAAGCAACCUUAGAACGAACACACCAAGCUCUAGAAGAGGAGAAGAAGAAAACCGUGGAUCUUCUUAUCUCAAUCUUCCCGGAAGAGGUAGCUCAGCAGCUUUGGCAAGGGCAGCAAGUUCAAGCCAGAAAAUUUGAUGACGUUACCAUGCUCUUUUCAGACAUUGUUGGCUUCACUGCUGUCUGUGCCCAGUGUACACCCAUGCAAGUGAUCAGUAUGCUCAAUGAGCUGUACACCAGAUUUGACCACCAGUGUGGAUUCCUAGAUAUCUAUAAGGUGGAGACAAUAGGGGAUGCAUACUGUGUGGCGGCCGGGCUCCACAGGCAGAACCUGAAUCAUGCAAAGUCAAUUGCUCUGAUGGCCCUGAAGAUGAUGGAGCUGUCAGAGGAGGUGCUCACACCAGAUGGAAGACCAAUUAAGAUGAGAAUAGGGAUUCACUCAGGAUCUGUUUUGGCUGGAGUUGUUGGGGUGAGAAUGCCCAGAUAUUGUCUCUUUGGCAACAAUGUCACCCUAGCAAGCAAGUUUGAGUCAGGAAGUCAUCCACGUCGCAUCAACGUCAGCCCAACGACCUACCAGCUUCUGAAAAAGGAAGAAAAUUUUAUCUUCAUUCCUCGGUCCCGUGAAGAGCUUCCAGACAACUUUCCAAAGGAAAUUCCUGGGAUUUGUUAUUUCCUGGAGGUCAGAACUGGUCAGAAGCAGCCAAAGUCUUCUGUCGCGUCUGCCAGAGUGAGAAAAAUAUCCUACAACAUUGGCACCAUGUUCCUUCGGGAAACAAGCCUAUGAAGCCUGUUGCAGAUCAAAGACUCAUCAAAAAAGCACAAGCCCAGAACUGGGUCAUGACAAGAGAGAGGAGAUUCUUUCUUUUUCACUGCAUUGUUCCAAGAAAAGCAGUAAAAGCUGUGUGAAAUGUCAGGCAAUAAUUCUUUUUAAAGGUGGGUGAUUGUUGUCAGUAAACAAACUGGAAAGUGGCAAACAAGGGAGCAGGGAUUUCUUUUCUUUUUCUUUUCUUUUUUUUACAAAAUUCAAAUUAAAACAAAAUAUUUCUCUGUUGCCAGAGAAUCCUAUUGGUUAUAAAUGUCAGAAUGUUGGGGGGGUUAUUUGGUUUUGUUUUAGAAAAGGAAUCUAAAUUAAACAACUGUGCUUGGGAGAUAUCCCAAUAAAUCAAAGGUAGCUUGUAAGCUGCCUGGUUAUCAUUGGAUGCUAACUCCUAUCCACUAACAUGGCCAGGAAUAAUGAGGGUCAUCGUGCCAUAUUAACAUUAAGAGGGGCCGGGGUUGCUAACCAUAACAUCCAUUAAAAUAGAGUACUUUGUGGAUUGUGUUGAUUUCUUCUGAAAUGGGCCAUUGUUGUAUGCAAGUGUUGAACCCUUACUACUGUUCUUAUCCUCUUUUUAUCACAAUAGAAUUAGGAUUCUCCUGAUCUUUUAAUCAUGUGCACCUAAACAAUUUAUACAAGAGUUGUAAACAGUGUUAAGCCAAAGUUCAACCAGAGAUUGGUCAGAUUAUGAUACAUUCCUACUUUUGAGGGAUUUAUUGCUGUGGGUGAAAACAUUUCUGGUUGAUUGCCGUUCUUUAACCACUUCGUACAAAUACUGUAAAGAUUAUUUAUAACCUUUUUAGCAGAAGAAAAAUUUAAUUUGGGAUAUGAUGUAUUAAGGAUUUUACCCUUUUUUUAAAACCUACAUUUCACUUUUAGGGCAAUAUUCUAUAGCAACUAUGAAGCUGGCCAGCUUGUUUAUAUUUGAUAGGUAUCCAAUUUCUGAAGUUGGAUGAUUAUGAUACACAAUUUUAUUGCAGUCUGCAAAGAAUGAUAUUUUAGUGAUUUUCAUUUUCUUCCAUAUGUUUUAUCCAUCCGUGCCCAUGUUCACAUUAUUCAUGCUAAUAAUAGACGUCCAAUAUUGGGAUAGUAUUAGAAAAAGCCAUGAUGAUCAUGUCUGUGGAGAUUCUGUCAUCCAGGUCAUCCUUGUCUCAAAUUUGCCUUUUGAAUGUAAAAGCAUUUUUGAGACCAUGCCAAUCAUGUUUAAUAACUGGAAGUAGACUAUUCCAAAAUGGAAUCCUCAGUUACCCUUGUAGAAUUUUAACCAUUAUUAGAAGACUUCUCAGAUAUGCUUGUUACACUAAAUGUAACUCUAAUUAACACUUUUUUUUUCAUUAGUAGGUAAUGAGACACACCUAAAAUAUGUGAUUAGUACUUUACCCCCUGAACAUCUCCCACAUUGUUAUGGUAUGUCAUAUCCUUUGUUAUGUGGCUCACUCAAUCUACUGUUACCUAGUUACUAGCAUGGAUUAAAAUCUACAGCUAUAAAUAUUGUUGGAUUUAGAAAGUUUUUUUGGGGGAAACUGAUACAUCUACAAUAACUUUCAUGCUUAAUCAUAAUGAGAUAUAUUUUAGAAACAUCCCAUAUAAUAAAAUUCAGUCUUUGGAACUUCGAAAUGUUGAUGUUAGUUGAAAAAAAAAACUAUGAAUGAUGUUCAGUGCCUUAGAAAGCUUGGUUCCAUGUCUCUCUUUUAUUAUAUUUUCACCACCCUGAUUAUAAGUAUUGUUUUGUGGCUGUUAAAAUAUAUUCAAAAUUAAAUAAGUUUAGUAUUUGCAGUUAGGCUGCCAGUGUAAAAUGACAGACUACUUUAGAGAAUUCUGAUAUUUUGAGGUAACUUCUUUAGUGUUGGCAUUCGGGAGUGUCCACAGUAAUGGUCAGUACUUCAAAAUGGUAGGUGCAACCAAACAAUUGGAAACCUAAAGCAUGCAACACACAUUAAAAAAAGAACCUGCCAUUUUGAAGUCAGUAACUGUUGCUGCAGAUACCCCUGAAACCAUUUGAGAACUAUAGUUUGAUAAUAAUAAAAGUUCAUUUGGACCUUUUGGACACUUUGUAUCCAUUUUUCGUGCAAAAUAUUUCAGAGAGAUGUUUUCUUUGUAAAAUUUCUAAUAGUUACUGUAUAUCCUACAUCAGGUAGCUAAAUAUGCUUUAUAAUUUUAUGCUUUUCUAUAAAUGUAUCAACUACAUGGUCAUUCAAGCUUGAAAGUGUAUCAAGCAAUAUAUGGCUAACAGAUAACAUAUGGCCAUUCAGAUCUCAAGAAUGGUAAAAAAUCAAAGCUUUGUGCAGUGACAAGGCCAAUAAAAUUGUUGCAGCAUUCAUUUUUUAGGGACUACAGCCUAUUUUAUCAGAUGCAUGCAAUAUUUCUUUUGAUAAGCAUGAAUACAUAAGUUAUACUUAAUAAAUAUUGACAGAAAUAAAUAAGAGAAUGUGUAAGGGACAAUAUAAGUUUUAGAAUAUUUUUGUUGAGUUCAAAAAUAUUCAAAAAUAAGAACAGGACUUUUUGUUUUGAGUUCUGCAUAAAUUUACAUUUCAUGUUCUUUUUGCCAAAGUGUUUACGGUUUUUUUUUCCUCUGUCAAUGCACACAUAUCUCUCCCAGAAAAUUACAACAUUUCACCCAACAAAGUGGUGUCUAAUCCACAAAAGUCAGUGCCACAAUAAAUCUUGUUAGUUCUUAAAGAUGCUGCAAGAUUCUUAGCCACCUUGUGUGGCAUAAUUCAACACAGUUUCUGUUGAAUCUUGGUGAUUUAUACUUGUGUGAUUCUUGAUGUCUGAAGGUGAAACACAGGAGCACAUUAUACUUCUCCUAUCAUGUCUCCGGAGCUUUCUCAACAGUUAGGAGAGGGCUGGUAAAUCACUUCUGCAGUGAUAUCUACAACUGAAUAGUAAUUUGAAACUGGCUCUGUCUGUGACUUACAAAUGAGCACUCAAGUUCAUAUUUAUACAGCAGUUCUGAUGUUAAAAGCCAAACAGGGAUUUAAGAAGACAGAUGCUUGAUGUCCAUAGCUGUAAAGGUUGACUCCCUUUAGAUUCAAAUAGAGAGCAACAGGUUUCCAAGUCAGAAAAGAGGAAAGUUUUCAAAAAUUCACAAUUUUUCCAAAAUGCAGAGAACAACGGUCCAGAUGGCAUUGUGCUUUGAUUAGUCCAAAAGGUACUAAACCAGUCCAUUUUCCCCAACAAUUUGGAUUAUUCUAGCAUGAUGAUCAAGAUUGCAAGAAAUCAAUCAAACUCUUAAAAGAUAUUGUGCUCUUAGUUCUAAGUGGAAAUGUUUGAGAAAAGUUAAGUGAAUAAUCCACAUUGACAAAGCUGUAAAGAGACCAUCUGGGUUAAAAUAAG